UCCUUUUAAGAAAAAGUAGGUGACAUCAACUUAAAACGAGGUCAUUUGGUCAAGAACAAAAAAAUAUAACCUUAAAAAAACAAACUUAUAGAUAAAUCCCAUUAUCACACCUUUUUGAUCAACUUAAUAGAACUGCAAUUUAAGAUAAGCAUAUUAUGUAUGUACAUUAAUUAAAAUUAUCUUCGUAACUUUACAUCUUCAAAGAGAAGUAAGUUAAGAAUAAAAAGAACCGUUAGGGGUGAUCUAAGAAUAGAGAAGAACAGCUCGGUGUAUGAGUGUGAGUUUAUUGUAGAGUGGGGCCUCAAUAGUGUUAAAUAUAGUAGUAGGCAGUGUAGUGUAAACGUAAAAUGUCAAUCACUAUGGCGAGAUCUAACACGAUUCUGUCAUAAAUCUAAGUUUUAAUACCCGUUUAAGAAAAACUACGUCCCCGGUUUUAUAAAUUUUCGUUUUUGACACCAGUGUACAAGUUCCCAAACUGAGAUGAACACAACUAAAUCAAGCGGUUCCAUAUCCGCUUACAAAUCGCCCACAACAAGCUCAAACGGUCUUCGGAAAUCUUUCGGCCCCGAUGGUUGUCCAGCACUCGUAGAUGGUUCAAGAUGCGGUGAAACAAAAAACCUACAGAUCAUUAAAGAAUUUAAGCGACUUUAUGAGGAUAAAAUGAAACAAAUCGAUGAUAUCGCCGGCGGAGACUGUAUUCAGGCUAAAGUUAAUCUUCAACAAGAAUGGAUUAAAGAUUUAACUGAUCAGAAUGAAAUGUUGGUCAGAGUUGUUGAAGAACUGGAAGUGGAGGCAGCCGAGAGGGUUACUUUAUUGGAAAAAAAGUUACAUCAAAGUGCUAAAUCAGCUGGAGAGGUGAUGGAUAGUUAUAGAGACUUUUCUAUUAACUUCCUUGGGGAUUUGCAGAAAAUGGAGCAAGUACAAAACGACAUGAACAACCUGAUUGAGUUAAUUAGAAGAGCUCAAACGACCGGAAAUUGGAAUACCGAUGGAUUAAUGUUUUAUUGUUUAGAUAUUAACGAUGUUAUCCCACCAUGUGCAAGGAGGGUGUGUGUACCAUCAUGUUGCAACUCGGUGAAGAAAGAAGAUUUAAUAAAACAGCAAGAGAAGCGUAUUAAGGAAUUGGAAGCGCAACUCAAGCCGCAAGAGUCUUAUCGAAAGGAUUAUAAAGAUUUAGAGCAGUCGAUGCUGGACAUGAGAGACGCGCUUACUGCGGAAGUAGCAGAUAAACACGAUACCAUCUUGUGCUUAAGACGUGAAGUUCACAUGUUGGAGGAGCAGUGUAGAAAAGCGGACCAACAAACUCAUUUUAAAGAUGAUAUCAUCAAGGAGUUGCGUAAAGAAAUUAAACAACUCAAACAACAACAGCAAACUCCCGAUGAACAAAGCACCGAAAAGAUCCAACUUAAAGAAGCCGUUUUGGAUAUUAAAAAUCAACUGGCGAUUAUGAAGGAUAAUUUAGCAGCUUGUGCUAAAGAACGUGAUCAUUAUCGGAGAGAAGCUGAAUCGGCUCGUCAAGAAUGUCAGUGUCAAUGCGGUCAUAUUAAAGAGUUAAGGAAUCGACUUCAAUCUUCUAUGGAACAAGUUCAUCGAAUUCAAGAAGAAAAAAUUCAAGAAAAUGAAGAAUUAAGGGGUAUGUUGAAGGAAAGUUUUGAGGAAAAUCAAAAUCUUAAAGAGGAAAUGGAUCAUGGAGUGAAAGAGUAUAAACAAAAAAUACAGGAUUACUGUUGUUGCAACGAAGAAUUAAACCGGCAAUUAGUAUUGAGCAAAAGUGAUGUUGAAGAAUGUCAGUGCCAAAUUUUAUUAUUAAAGAAAGAAAAGGAAAGACUUGAAACGUGUCAAAACAACGAUGUGUUAAAAGAAAUCGAAUCAUUCGAAAAUCAACACAAAGAAACAAUAAAUCAACUCGAACUACUUCGCGCCGAAUUAGAAAAAACGAAACGCGACCAUAAACUCUGCAUGGAUAAAAUACAAGAUUUAUGCGAAGAGAAUACAAUUUUGAAAGAACGUUGUAGCUGUAUACCGCAACAACAUAAAUCGACCGAAAUUGAUAUUUCUUCUUGUUGUUGUGUCAACGCUGAUGCUUCGGUUAAUACAGAUUCAACUUGGACUGGAGUUUUAUCGAUUGAUGAAGUUGGAUGUGUUAGCGUUGCUAUUAAUACAUCGGCUGUUAAUCAGCAUGAAGUCGGUUUUUCAUCAGACGUACCGCUAAUGUCGAGCGAUGCUAAAUGUAUUCAAUGUUGUGAUGGAAAUUUAAAUGAUAAAAAACAAAUGGAUACUUAUACUUGUGUUAAUAGUUAUAUUGACACAGAAAAAUCAGAUGAUGAUUUGCAAAUUUUGGGGGUAUGCAGACCGGUGAAAAAAUUAAGAGUUACUGAACCACUUGAUCACAUGCGAAAACAAAUACUUCAACAAAAAAAGGUUUCUUUAUCAACAAGUAUACCGAGAAAACUUGAAGGAAUUGCUACCAUUUUAAACGAAGAAAUUGCCUUGCUAGAUCGUUUGGAUGGUUUAGGACCUGCUCCAACAUGUUGCUACGAUCGCCGUUGUAUUUUAAAUCGUGGAACAGUUUUAAGUAGUGAUGUAAUGGGAGUGGACAGUGAAGAGAUGGAUAUUCCAUGUGGCUCUCCGGAGAUUCCUGGUAUAACUAAGGAAUGUAAAAAAUUGAAAUUUGCCCUAUCGAAUCAUGUUAAAGGAAAUCGAAAUCAAGUUCAAGCCAUCCGAGAUAACUCUCCUUGUGGACAAAACUUCUAUCCACCUCCAAUUCCUCAAAUACCAAACCCAAUAAAAUCCUCAUUAAAACAACCCCUUCGUGCUGUAACUCAAACUCGAAGAACUCCGCAGCCGCAAAGAAAGUGCUUGUGUAAUGCAGUUUGUCAAACUUGUAUAAAACAAAGAGAUGUUUCGGUGAUUGCGAGACCCGUUCGCAGACUUAAAGCUGCAACGACACAAAUUGUUGGCUUUUCAAAAAGUUUAUCUGUUGAAACUGCUACUUCGAUGGAUAACAACUAUAAAAGUACAAAAUCUUCAGCUACCACCACUAGUAGUUCGUUAACAACAGAAAGCGGUGAUUCUUAUGAAGAUACAGUUUUAUCCCGAUCAAAAGAUCACGUGAUUUACGUAAGACAAUCAAAUCCAACCCAAGAUCUUGAAGCGGUGGUUCACGAUUUGAAUUUAUCGGUAUCUAGAAUUGCGCAGAUUGCCGAAGAAGAUCCAAAAGAAAAAAUCGCCAGAUUAGAAGAACAAUUAAGAGCAACUUUACAACAAAAAGAACAGGCUAUUGAAUAUGAACGCUUAAGGCGAGGCCAAGAAGUUGAAAAUUUAAAACUUACCAUUCAACACAUGGAACAUGCGAUUAAAAAUAAACAAGCUAAUUCAGAAAAUUUACAAUGCGCAGUGGAUUUAUAUAAUGAUUCAAUCUCGGUUCUUGAACAAUCUAAAUUAAGCUAUGAAACCCAAAUUACUCAACAGCAAAUGACGAUAACGAACUUACAAGAUGCUUUGAUUAUUACCAAGAAAGAAUUGGAGGAAUUACGAAUAAAAUUUAAACAAGAUCACGAACAUAAAUGCGAUUUGUUAAACAUUUUAGACAUCGGUGUUUACGAUUUAGAAUCAUCAUCUCUUCAUUAUCACAACGAGUUAAAAACUUUAAAAAGCACAAUCGAAGUACUAACAGAAGAAAAUCUUAACUUAGAAAUAACGAAAUUUGAAAUCAACCAAGAUAAAACAAUUUUAGAAACAACAUUAUUCAAUUAUAAACAAGAAGAAAAACGACUUUUUGAGUUCAUUAACAAUUUAAAAGAAGAAAUAUCCCGAUUAAAACAUGAGAGCCGAAAUGAUGCAUUAAAAAUCGCUUCGUUACAAAACGAGGUUACAUCAUAUUUAACGCAAUCGAUUGAAACAAAAACAAUAAUGAAACAUAUUUUGGGCAUCGGUGAUACUGAGGAUCCCACCAUUGAUUGUGAUUGUAGCGGAAAUAGCUUAACAAUGACCGCGCAAGAAGUUGAAAGAUUCGUUCAAACGCUUCAAAGCCAAAUAAAUCUAAUGUUGGCUAGCAUAGAACGGGAACAAAAUUUAAGCCAAGUUAACGCAGGUCGAAUCGACGAACUCCAAAACAUAUUAAGCUUAAAGAACAUGGAACUAGCAAGAAGCAUAGAGAUGUACGACGACUUAAAAGAAAAACUCGACGAUUUUGCUUGCAGAAAUAAAAAAUUACAAGACGCCGUAAUCGAAUUACGCGAUCAAUUAGUUGACACCGAAUUAGACCAACAAUUUCAUGAACAAAAAGUUGAUUACUGCCACGAUGAAUUAGAUAACUGUUUAAAAAAUUUAAAUUCAGUUAAAUGCAGGUUAAAUCACCAAACGCAAGAGAUGACGAAGAAAAUCGAGGAAUUACAAGGACUAAAAACCGAUUUUAAAGAACAAAACAACACAUUAGAAAAAUAUAAAAGAGAAUUAGAUGGCACUAAAAUCAAAUAUCGCGAUGAAGUCCUCGAAAUGAAACGAGUCAUAAAAGAAUUAAAUGAAAAAUUAAAUUAUUCCGAUUUAAAAGUAAAAGAAGUUACCGAAGAACUUAAAGGCGUCCAAGAAAUGCUUGUGAAUAUGACACAAAGAGAAACUAAAUACCAACAAGAAUUAACAGGAAAAGAUCAAGAUCUCAAUAAUAAAUGCCAAGUUUGGAAAGUUAAAGAAACGCGUUUGAUGGAGCAGAUAUCUCAAUUAGAACAACAAUUACGCGCCGUUCACAACGAAUUGGCUGGAAGAACGCACCAAAUUGAUUCAACCAAAAGCAAACUGCAACAAGUUACUAACGAUGCUCAAAUGAGAAUGCAAAUGACUCAAGAAGAAUUAAUAACCGCUAAAAAUGAAAUAAAUUGUUUAAGACAAAUAAACGAAAAAUUACAAAUAGAAAAUGAAAAUCUACAUCAAACCGUUUGUUCGUUACAAUCGACGUUGGGUCAACAUGAAUCUUUAAAUAUCACUAUUAAAAAACAAUUGGAUAAGUGUAUGUGUGAUUUGAAGAAAAUCGAGUCGGAUAAAUAUUUCGUUGAGCAAAAAAAUGAAAAACUGUUACAAGAAUUGGAUAAAAUGCAGUCUUUGUUGAGGUGUCGGUGUGAAAACGUUAUGACUUUGGAGGAAGAAAUUAAUGAUAUUAAAUCCGAUAGGGAUGAAAUUCGGCGGGAAAGUCAACAUGUUAUUUGUAAUGUGCGUGCUUGGUUGGAGGAACAAAAACGGCUUAAUGAUCAAUUAAAAGAUAAGCUUGUUAAAAAGAAUGCACUUAUUAUUAAGUAUCAACAAAGUUCUUCAAGUCCAAUUCGACCUCCAUUAAAAAAAUCUUUACCUCCAGUUUGCGCGGAAGCCCUAAAUCGUAGACAACGCGGUGGAACAACAGCGAUUUCAUCCCGAAAUUUAAGCGGAAUGAAUGUGUAUAAAAGGCUUUCAUCGCCUCAGCGAGUGUGGAGUUUAAAUUCGAAAGGUUCCGACACCGAGGAUAGCCCAAGAAGUAGUAUUUGCAGCGAUUCGGCGGAUUGGUUCGAUAUGGAUGCCUCGGAAACAACGACUACCCCUUACGAUGAACCAGGCACGGCAGUUUGGAUACAAAGAGUUGAAAGUAUGACGGAAGAAUUGCAAAAGACGAAUCGGUAUUGGAAGAAGAAAAUCAGUGACAACGAAAAGGAAGAAGAAAGAUUGAAAAAAACUAAGGAGACCUAGGAGAAAAAAAAACUUUUUUUAUUAUCUACCUUUACUAUAUAAUUUUCGAUUUUGUAUUAUUGGAAGUACGUUUAUUUAUCUUAUAUACGCGUUUUGAAGACAACAUAAAUAUUAUUCUUUUGAUUA